UUCACAGCAGAGUGGGUGAUUUUUGACAUUUACCUGGUAAUUAAAAUUACCAUUCAAAGUUAAAAACAACCACCAUGGCAGUGGCUAACACCACUAAAACCUCUUGGAAACUCCAGGAGAUGGUGGCCCACUCCAGUAAUGUAUCAUCUCUGGCAUUGGGGAAAACAUCAGGACGUCUGCUGGCCACUGGGGGAGAGGAUUGCAGAGUCAACAUCUGGGCUGUCAGCAAACCCAACUGUGUCAUGAGCUUAACUGGCCAUACAACCCCUGUGGAGUGCAUCCAGUUCAGCAGCUCCGAGGAGCAAGUUGUUGCAGGAUCUCAGUCUGGCUCUUUACGAGUCUGGGACCUAGAGGCUGCCAAAAUCUUACGUACUCUGAUGGGACACAAGGCUAAUGUGUGCAGUCUGGACUUCCACCCUUUUGGAGAAUACCUGGCCUCAGGCUCAAUGGACACAAAUAUCAAGCUUUGGGACGUGAGGAGAAAGGGGUGUGUAUUCCGCUAUAAGGGCCACACUCAGGCCGUGCGCUGUUUGGCCUUCAGUCCUGAUGGGAAGUGGCUCGCUUCAGCCAGCGACGACAGCACUGUAAAGCUGUGGGAUCUGACGGCCGGGAAGAUGAUCACAGAGUUUAAAGAACAUACAGCUGCAGUCAACAUCGUCCAGUUCCACCCCAACGAGUACCUACUGGCUUCGGGCAGCGCAGACAGGACCAUGAAGUUGUGGGACCUGGAAAAGUUUAAGAUGAUUGGUUCUUCUGAGGGAGAGACUGGAGCAGUCAGGUGUAUCUCCUUUAGUCCUGACGGCAGUUGUUUAUAUAGUGGCUCUGAGGACACACUGCGUGUGUAUGGCUGGGAGCCUGACCGAUGCUUUGACGUGGUGCAUGUAGGCUGGGGCAGGGUGACUGACCUGGCCAUCUGCAACAACCAGCUGAUUGGAGUUUCACACAGUCAAACCAACGUGAGCUUGUAUGUUGUGGAUCUUAACCGGGUGAAGAAGUCAGGCUCUGUAAUCCAAGGUUUAAUCCAGGACAAUAAACCACUCGCUGUUCCUACACCCAAAGGAUCUACACUACGACGCAAUUAUGAGCGACCCACCACAUCCUGCACUGGACAGAGAAUGAAACGGAGUUCGGAGUCCGAGCGCCGCAGUCCGGAGGGUGAGAGGCGGAGUCCAAGCAGCGAGGACGAGAGAGAAGAUAAAGAGAGCAGUGCAGAGAUUACAAACCCAGAUGAAUAUAAGGAAAUAUUUCAGCCACGCAAUGCCAUCUCACGAACUCCUCCUAAAAGGACUGAGCCCUUUCCUGCCCCGCUGGAGGAUGAGAGCUUCCCAGUGAAGUCGGUUCCAGCUGUAGAGAUUGUGACUCCAGUGCCUGACAGAGCAGGACAGUUGAAAGCUGCUCCCAUAGCCUCUUCCACUCCAGUUCUGAGGGUGGAGCCAACGGUCGUAGCUGCUGCCCCACGCCCUGUCCCAGUCACUACGCCCUCUCUUGCCCCUGCCCCUGCCCCUCGCCCAGUGGUCGUCACGGCAAAGCCCAGACCUCAGCCAGCCAUCAUCCACUCCACACGCAAUGAACCCAUUGGUCUCAAUGUAGGGGACUUCUUACCACCUGCCCGUAAUAAGGCCAGUGUUGUCGGAGAUGAGGAGGCAUUGGUGCAGAUCAGAAAAGGUCAUGACACCAUGUGUGUGAUGUUGACCAGCCGACAUAAGAACCUGGACACAGUCCGAGCUGUCUGGGCUAGCGGUGACAUUAAGACAUCCCUAGAGUCUGCUGUGUCCAUAAAUGACCUCUCCAUUGUGGUGGACAUCCUUAACAUAGUCAAUCUUAAACCGUCACUAUGGAAACUAGAUCUUUGUACAUGCAUCUUGCCACAGAUUGAGGAGUUGUUACAGAGCAAGUAUGAAAGUUAUGUUCAAACUGGUUGCACAUCUCUCAAGCUCAUCCUGAAGCGCUUUUGGCCGCUUAUCUCAGACACACUGACUUCUCCUCCCUCUGUUGGAGUGGACAUCACACGAGAGGAGAGGCAUCAGAAGUGUAAGGCAUGUUACAAACAACUGAAAAAUCUCAGUAAUUUGGUGAAAAACAAGGCUGAGCAAGUGGGUCGUCAUGGAAGCACCUUCAAAGAACUGCAACUGCUCAUGGCCCCACUAGAUUACUGAAAGUGACAUAUGUCAGCGCAGGUUUGUUGCCUAGUGACGUGAAGUACUGACAUGUCUAUCUUUCAUGGACACACAAAAAAAAAUGCACAUUC